AUGGGUUCAAUUUGCAGCUCUGCAUCAUACGAAUCCCCGAAUUCUUCUCAUUCAAAAAGUCAUGUAUACAAGACCACCAAUAUAUGCUCAGACACUCAUCAUAACAAUCACAGUAUUCAAGGAAACAAUAUACUCUCGAGUAAUUACAACUCGGGUCAUAGCACGGGCGGGUAUCUUUCAGAAACUGAGUCAUCACGACAAAACUCCACAACCACAGCAACAACGAUACAAAUUCGAGUGACCUCAACAAACUCUGUGAGUACCAAGCAAACCACAUCUUCGGGUAGUAAAGUCAGGUCUUCUAAGGAGAGCGAAACGAACUCGAGCCAUUCGAGCGUUUCCACGAGUUCUCAUAAAGCACAAAUACCACAUUCCAUAUCAACCUCUAAUAUUCGAGUGCAGCCAGUGGAGUGGGAUCCAAUUGCUUUCGCAGAGAUGGAAAUUGAGAAACGGCAAAAAGAUCCACGAACUUCCACAUUAAGGCAAUCAUUGGAAAUGUUUAGGUUUCCUUCGAGGCAAGCGCUACAAAUGGAAGAAUAA